AUGGCAUCCAAGGCCAUGGCCACCAUCCUACUCCUCCUAGCCGUGGCCGCCGCCAUCGCCAUGGCCGACGCGGCCAAGCGGACGUGCGUGAGCUCGCUGCUGGACCUGAGCCCGUGCCUGGCCUUCUUCAAGGACGCCGGCGCGACGGCGGCGCCGGCGGGCUGCUGCGCGGGGCUGCAAACCAUCAUCGACACGCAGCCGGUGUGCCUGUGCCACAUCGUGAACCACACCCUGGAGCGCGCCAUCGGCGUCGACAUCCCCAUCGACCGCGCCUUCACGCUGCUCGGCGACAUCUGCCGCCUCGCGCCGCCGCAGGAGGUCUUCACCAGCUGCGGCAACAAAGGUAAAGUGCCCCCACUCUACGUUUGCCCGGCUCCAUCGGCUUGA